AUGCCGAAGAAGAAGCGCAAGAAGUGGGACCACAAGAUGGCUCCCACGUUCGUCGUCCCGCGCAAGGAGCCCUGGCCGGCGAUCUAUCACGGCAAGGACCUCGCCAUGGUCUUGCGCAACCUGCGCCGCCACGCGUGCAACUACGAUGCAGAUCGCUUUGACGGGCUCGAGGAGCUUGGCUUCGUCUGGCGAAUGCCGCGCGGCAAUCACCAGAUUGUCACGUACUGGGCCAACGCAACAACCAAGUGGCUCGUCAAUGGCAUGCCUCUGACGUCGCUCGUGGCGCAGUUGAAGACGUACCACGAAGAGUCCCACAACUUGGACAUCCCGGCGGCGCUCACCGUCGAGAUGCAAGACGGCCAUCAGAGCACGUUCCACGUCGCUCUCGCGUACGCGCCGCGAUUGCUCCGCGCUCACUUUUACGAGCUCUCGGUCGCCGACGUGGACGUUCUGCACGGCCUCGGUCUCUUUCCCGAGCUUCCGCAGUGGGCCAUUGUCAAGGCUCUAUUCUCGCGCUACAAGGAGCGUCUCCACAGCGACGCGGUGCCGGUCAACUUUGAAGUGCCGGCCACGUGGGAGAACGUGUACCGCGGCAUCCGCCUUGGCGAGCUCGCGUGGUACCUGGUCCUCGUCGCGCACGACCCGCUCCAGCAGCGACCAUGGCGAUUUCGACGACCCGGCGAUGGACCUUGA